AUGCAGUGUAUAAUAAGAAAUACGAAAUGUCAUCUAGAAAAAGAAAGUAUCAAAAUUGAACAAACAUCAACAGGAAGCUGGAAAUGCAUAUUCUGCAAAAAACAGAAUAAGGAAACAGGAAAACUAGACGAGUCCAAAGCCGUAUUCACGUUUGUCUGGCAGCAAUUCCUGUCGUCUUCAAGUCUGACCACAUCAGUGGCGUUUUACAAGCACCCACUAUGGACCUACAACUUAACAAUGUAUAAUUGCGCCAAUAACAGAACUUCCUGUUGUAUGUGGUACGAAGCACAAUCUGGUAGAGGUUCAAAUCAGGUCAAUUCUUGUUUGUAUAAAGAACUUUUGACUUUACCACCGAAUAUUAAGCAUGUGACCUUCUAUUCGGAUACUUGUGGUGAUCAGAACAAAAAUAAUCACAUAGUUACGAUGUUUAUGACUUUGAUGCAAAAUUCAAAUUUUGAGAUAGUUGAGCACACAUUCUUAAAAUAA